CUCUGCAUACCUUGAGCGUGUUCUCGUAUACCUGCUCCCUUCGCGACUUGUGAUUUCGGUGAUUGUUGUUUGAACAGAAUUUACAACUGUUCGUUCACCAAAACCGGCGGAGUGGUGGAUAUUAGCCAGAAUAUUGUACCGUUCCUAUGGGGCCCUGGUAUGGCGUUCGAAGGAAUACGUUUAUCGAAAUCCCAAAGUGAAGCUGUAAGUGCAGUAUUCUUUGAAGCUGACACUCAGAACUCUGGUUGUAUCGACGUCAAGCUUGUACCAGCAUUAGUACGCAAAUUAUUGGGAAGACAACCACAUGGGUUGGACCCUCACAUUGUCAGAAUUAAAGCAGAAGCUAGUUCAACAAAAGGUUUAAUCCAGUUCACUGAUUUUGUUGGAGUCAUGGCAGAUGCUAUGGCACAGACUACCAACUGGGGAGCACUGAAGACGCAUGUUGGGGGCUAUGUUGGCAUUGAUACUAUACAAGAACAGAUCAGAAGAAAAGCCCUCAAGAAAGGAUUUGAAUUUAACAUCAUGGUUGUAGGAGCAAGUGGUUUAGGAAAAUCCACUCUAGUCAAUACUUUAUUUAAAGCUAAGGUCAGCCGAAGGUCAUGUGCCACUGAAGAAGAUAAAACCCCAAUCAUUCCAAAAACAGUGCAAAUAAAGUCAGUUGGACAUGUUAUUGAAGAAAAAAGUGUUCGUUUGAAGCUAACAGUGACAGACACGCCAGGAUUUGGUGAUCAUAUUAAUAAUGAAAAUUGUUGGUUACCAAUAAUUGAAUACAUAAAUGAGCAAUAUGAAAAAUAUUUAGGUGAGGAAAUCAGUGUGAACCGUAAAAGACAUAUACCAGAUACCAGAGUUCAUUGCUGUCUAUAUUUCAUUGCACCAACCGGUCACAGUUUAAAACCUUUAGAUUUAGAAUUUAUGAGUCGUCUUGAUAAAUGUGUUAAUAUAGUACCAAUUAUAUCUAAAGCUGAUACACUAACAGUAGAGGAAAGGCAAACAUUCAAAAAAAAGAUCCGAGAUGAGCUAGAUAGCCAUGGUAUAAGUACAUAUCCCAUGAAACAUUUAGAUGAAGAUGAUGAAGAUAUGGUAGUUAAUACAAACCUCAGGGAUAAAAUGCCAUUUGCUGUUGUCGGCAGUGAUAAAGUAUACCAAGUCAGUGGCAAACCCAUUCUAGGAAGGAGAACAAACUGGGGACUUAUAGAAGUUGAAAACCGUGCCCACUGCGAGUUUGCUAACUUGCGAGAUAUGUUAAUUAGGUCCCACAUGCAAGAUUUGAAAGAUGUCACAGAAAGCAUACAUUACGAAAAGUUCCGACGAGAGACGCUUAAAGGACGUGAGAAAGCUGUGAAUGGCUUAGAAGAAAGUAGAUGCUGAUUGGAUAAAAUAUUUCUAGAUGUUGAUCUCUGAUUGGAUGAAACUAAACCUUUGAUGCUGGUGUGAAAGUUUUGAUUGGCUGAAUGUAUCACUACUUUUAAUCACAUAUCACCUAAUUUGAUAACACCUGUCUGAGUUGGUAAAUCUUAUUCUAUGACUGUAACCAGGAUUUUGACAGACACACUUGCUUUGAUUUGAUUCAAACUAGAGUAUUUAUAUGCAAGUGUUAUAAAAUAAACGUUGUUUGACAUUAUUUUUUAUGUGAGACUUGUUCCGUUUGAAACUAUAGAAACAUGACUGGGCACGACUGUACUUUUUAUAAGUAGGUAACAUAUAGAGGGCAGUAUUAUUGUAAUAUUAAAUUUAAUAAUGUAUGCUCCAUACAGAGGAUUCUGACAUAAGACGCGAGAGCCUGUUUGAAAGUUAAUCAACAUCUUAGCCAAUCAACAAAGGUGUUACAAAUAUAAAAACUAAAUGAAAUAAACUAUUACUACAUCAUUUAAAACAAUGACACUAAAAUUGAAUACUAUUUGUAAUUUGAUGUUACUUCAAUUAAUUUGUUUUUCAUUAAGCUGCCUUGUGUAAUACCGUCAAAUCUGUGAUGACUUGUGUUGUUUGAACCGCUGAAAUAAAAUUGUAUUUUCAUGAUUUU